UAUUAGGAAACAAAAUUCAUUUACAUGUGUGUGUGCCAACUGCCAAGAGCCUAUAAGACUAGUAACAGGAUAUCACAAGGAAGGAAGCCAUAAAGUGCUAAGUCCAAUUGUAAACAACCGGUACGUCUUUCCUCUGCCAGAUUUGCAAGAAACGGCAGCAGUUGAGAGAUAGCAAGAAGAAUCAUGGAGAUGGAGAGGAGCAACAAGGGUGUUAGAGGGAGAGUGGUUCUGAUGAAGAAGAGUCUGUUAGAUUUCCAUGACAUCAAAGCCAACAUUCUUGAUCGAAUCCAUGAGUUUCUGGGAAAGGGUGUCUCUCUUCAGCUCAUUAGCGCCACUAUUCCUGACCCAGGAAAGGGGCUGCAAGGGAAGCAUGGAAAAGUUGCACACUUGGAGAGGUGGAUUUCAAGCAUUUCAUCUUUGACAACAGCAACAGACACAGAGUUCAGUGCUACAUUUGAGUGGGAUCAUGAGAGGAUGGGAGUUCCUGGGGCAUUUAUAAUCAGAAACAAUCACCAUAGCCAGUUCUACCUCAAGACAGUGACCAUUGAAGACAUUCCAGGGCAUGGUUCUGUUCACUUUGUCUGCAAUUCUUGGGUUUACCCUGCUCAUCGUUACACUCAGGAUCGUGUCUUCUUUGCAAAUAAGGCUUAUCUUCCAUGGCAAACACCCGAGCCACUGCGCAAGUUCAGGGAAGAAGAACUACUAGUCCUCCGCGGAAAAGGGUUCGGGAAACUCAGUGAAUGGGAUAGAGUCUAUGACUAUGCAUACUACAAUGAUUUGGGAAUUCCAGAUGAUGGUUCAGAUUAUGUUCGCCCUGUUAUUGGAGGAUCACAAAAGUUUCCAUAUCCCCGUAGAGGAAGAACUAGUCGUCCACAUACCAAAACCGAUCCCAAAACUGAGUCAAGAUUGCACCUUCUAGACCUAAGCAUUUAUGUUCCGAGAGAUGAACGGUUUGGCCAUGUCAAGUUCUCAGAUUUUCUGGCUUAUGCACUGAAAUCCGUUGCUCAGGUUUUGUUUCCAGAGCUUAGGUCUCUGUGUGACAAAACUAUUAAUGAGUUUGACACCUUUGAAGACAUACUUGAUAUUUAUGAGGGAACUUUUAAGCUACCAAGUGGACCUAUACAGAGUAAAAUUAGAGAACUAGUUCCAUAUGAACUGUUCAAAGAACUUGUUAGGAAUGAUGGUGAGAGAUUCCUCAAAUUCCCAGUACCUGAUGUGAUCAAAGUAAGUAAGACUGCAUGGAGGACAGACGAAGAAUUUGCAAGAGAAAUGCUUGCCGGGGUUAAUCCUGUUAUCAUCCGUCGUCUCCAAGAAUUCCCCCCGGCCAGCAAGCUAGACCCCACAGUCUAUGGAGACCAAAAUAGCUCAAUCAGAGCAAAGGACAUAGAAAAUAAUUUGGAUGGGCUCACAAUAGAUGAGGCUCUUGAAAAUAACAAGCUGUAUAUAUUAGAUCAUCAUGAUGCAUUGAUGCCAUACUUAAGUCGAAUAAACUCUACCAAUACAAAGACUUAUGCCACUAGAACACUCUUGUUCCUACAAGAUGAUGGCACAUUGAAGCCGCUAGCGAUUGAAUUAAGCUUACCUCAUCCACAAGGGGAGCAACGCGGAGCUGUCAGCAAAGUUUUUACUCCGGCACAAGAAGGAGUAGCAGCUACUGUUUGGCAGUUGGCUAAAGCAUAUGCUGCUGUGAAUGAUUCAGGAUAUCAUCAACUGGUUGUCCAUUGGUUAAACACUCAUGCAGUGAUUGAACCAUUUGUAAUAGCUACACACAGGCAAUUGAGUGUUCUUCACCCAAUACACAAGCUCUUGAAGCCACACUUCAAGGAUACAAUGCAUAUCAACGCUUUAGCUCGGCACACACUCAUCAAUGCUGGAGGAGUACUAGAGAAAACCGUUUUCCCUGGCAAAUUUGCCUUGGAAAUGUCAGCUGUUAUAUACAAAAACUGGGUAUUUCCAGAGCAGGCACUUCCUGCUGAUCUGCUUAAGAGAGGAAUGGCAGUUCCAGAUUCAAGCAGCCCUCAUGGACUAAAACUUCUGAUAGAGGACUACCCGUUUGCAGUUGACGGCCUAGAAAUCUGGGAUGCAAUUGAAAUCUGGGUGAGGGAAUAUUGUAACUUCUAUUACACAUCUGAUGACAUGGUUGAGAAUGACUCUGAACUCCAGCUCUGGUGGAAAGAACUCCGCAAUGAGGGUCAUGGCGACUUAAAAGACAGGUCCUGGUGGCCUGAGAUGAGAACUAAAAUUGAGCUCAUUCAAUCAUGCACUAUUAUCAUAUGGGUGGCUUCUGCAUUGCAUGCAGCUGUGAAUUUUGGACAAUACCCUUAUGCUGGUUACCUCCCCAACCGUCCAACGGUUAGUCGCAGGUUCAUGCCAGAGCCAGGUACUCCAGAGUAUGAAGAGCUUGAGUCAAACCCUGACUUAGCAUUCCUGAAAACAAUCACAGCCCAAUUCCAAACUCUCCUUGGUGUGUCACUGAUAGAAGUUCUGUCCAGGCAUUCAACUGAAGAGGUUUACCUUGGGCAGAGUGACAAUCCUGAAUGGACUUUAGACGCUGAAGCAUUGGCGGCGUUCGAGCGAUUCUCAAAGAGGCUGUUGGAGAUUGAGAGCAAUAUUAUGAAAAGGAACAAGGACACAAGGUUGAAAAACAGAAACGGGCCAGUGAAGUUUCCUUAUACCCUUCUGUAUCCUAACACCUCAGAUUAUUCAAGGGAGGGUGGACUCUCUGGGAAGGGAAUACCCAAUAGUAUAUCUAUCUAAAACCACUCUGCUAGGUUCUAUCCUCUUAUUGAAUUCUAGACAUUCAUGUAUCGAACCACCACGGAAUUUAGGUGAAUAAACAUGAACAGUUUCAGUACAUGUACCAUGAUUUGUUAUGCAAGACAAAGUGUGUGAAAUUUACAAUAAUAGUUGCCUUCAAAUUA